AAAGUUUCUCCUCCCUUUCGUUGCACAUGAGGUGGCUUUACAGAACUACCUGAAAUUGAACACCAUCUGCCAGACCGAGAGAGACGUAUCGGAUCAAAAGCAGUGAUGUCAUAUCGGACAGAAACAAUCAAUUCUCAGCCUCAAGUGGUUACCAGUUUCACCACCUCCUCUGCUUCCGCAGACUGGAGCUCCAGUAUCUGUGACUGCUGUGACAACUGUGGCAUCUGUCUCUGUGGUACUUUUAUACCCUGCAUCUUGGGUUGUAAGGUGGCACAGGAUCAUGGUGAAAGCUGCUGUUUGCCCUUCUUACCUGGAGCUAUGGUUGCAUUGAGAACCAGCAUGCGUAACAAAUAUCAUAUCAGUGGCUCUGUUUGUGAUGACUGGGUCAUGAUGUCCUGCCUUGCCCCUUGUGGAAUCUGCCAGAUGGCUCGAGAACAGAAAAUGAGAGGCUAAAUAGAAAAUUGAAGAUGAAAAUAUCCUGGAGGACAGAUUAUUUUAUUGUAUAACAAAUACAU